AUGAGGCAUCUGCUGCCAAAUUUGGGGCUGGGGGCGUCCAGUGCCCGCGGCAUCACGAGUUGUAGUAUGAAUUUGAGGACGAUGCUCUUCUCCCCCGCUUGCCGGCCUUUGCUCAACCCACGGCACGUUCAUCCCAUGCCUCCCGCCGAUAUCCCACGCCGCAGGAACUUCUUUACUUCCAAUGUGCUCUUGCAACAGAACAGCAGUGACCCGCCGGCUCGCGAGCCCAAGGCGGGGAAAUCCACCGACGACAACCCCCCGACGAAGCCGGCCACCCCCACCAACAAGAAGCGCAAGCCCCCGCUCAAAAACUCGCUGCACCGCGUUGCCAUCGUCGCUCAGAAAGGCGUACCGGCCAAGAAACCGCCGCCGGCCGCCGAGUCAGUCCCCGGCGCCGAGGGUAGUUCCACUGUCAGCGCCGUGUGUGUGGCCGAGACCUUUGACAUGGAUCGAGUGGAGGACAUCCUGAAACAUCACGGUUUCUUAAUCGAUCCCGACGGCAACGGGUUCGAGUCCCAUGAGGUUGUGCACGCUCGGGGCUUCAACACUGGCGAUAUCUUUGUGUUCCCCUCAGGCACCGUUGUUACCUGGGGGCUUCCGCCUGAUAUCGUCAACAGCCUGGCCACAAAACAUCUGCUCCCGGCCGCCGAGACACCCUUUAUCGAGCAGAAGGAGGAGGAGGAUCUCGAGUUUCUGGUCGACCCGGAGCAGGAAGAGAGCCGUGUCACUGGCGAUGUCGUGGUGCUCGGCACACGCCGUGAGGUCGUGGCCGGCGACCGGCUCGAAACCACCCUCGCCAAGAUCGCCUUCUCCUCGGGCCUAGCCCGCAGCACCAAGCUAGCCGUGCUUGAAAGCUCACUAACUCGCUACCUCGAAAGCACCCGGAAUAUCCCCGACCGCUUGUCGCAAGGCCUGAGCGCCCCGCUCUCGCGGGGCAUGAUUUUGCAAAAGGCCGGCGAACUGCUCAACCUGCGCAGCCAGCUGAAUCACUACAAUGACUUAACCGACGCACUGCCCGACAUCUUCUGGGACACCGAGGAGAAGCUCGAGACCUACUACGCCAAGAUCGGCAAGGCCCUCGACGUCGGCGUGCGCAUCAAGACCCUUAAUGACAAGAUGACGUACGCCCAGGAGGUCGUGACCGUCGCCCAGGGUGUGCUUGACAUCAGCGAGAAGCUGUCUAGCGAAGCGCACAGUACCCGUCUCGAAUGGAUCAUCAUCGUUCUCAUUGCCAUCGAGGUCGUCUUUGAGCUGCGCCGUUUGUACAUUGAGCGUUACGACCACUUUCAUACCGAGCUGCUCGACGAGUUGAGGGCGCUGCGGGCUGAAAUGGGGAGUCGGCAGGGACAACAAAGUAAACAAAAGACACGGGAUGGAUCGGAUUAG